AUGAGUUACCUCUAUAUUAAGCGAUUUGUCGAAGAACAAGUUGAAAUACUCAGUCAACCGUUGGUUAUUGAUGAUGACGUGCGCCGGGUAAUGGCCAAACACAAUCUUCCCGAAGAAACGGUGAAAAACGCCCUUUUCAAAGUCAACCUACUGUUGAAGAGACAUAACAAGCACAAGUUCAGUAAACAGGUGGUACAUCAGCUUGUGCAGCAGAUUACGAAAAACGAACAUGAUAAGCUUAUGAAGGUGAAUGAACAGUUACAAAAAGUUACCCAGUUAGUUCAGCCUAUAAUUGUGCCUGAAGCCAAAGGAGGACUUACAGUACUGGAAAGAGUUACUAGGCUACAAGAAUUGGCAGAUGUUUUGCCUGAACCAGCCUAUUUAUUUGCAUUGGACGGAGGGGAAGAUGAGGAAGCAGAGAAGGAGAAGGUUGAAGAAAAGGAGGAGGAUAACGAGGAUGGGCUUAUAGUGGAUGAUCAGGAUAGAGUGGAACGGAUCCUGAAGAAACAGCUUGAAGAAGAGUAUAUUCAGGCGAUCAGGGAGGAAGUUAAAGAAGACGUGACGUUACAGAAAGCCACCAAUGAAGAGCUACGCCAGCGGUAUGCUGCCCUUCGUGAACAGUUGGUAGAGAUCAGCCAGAAGCUUAUUUAUGACCAGCAGAAGUUGGGGUACUUGGAGGCGCUUGAAAAGAAGGUUGAGGCUUUGAAGGGCAGUGGGAUGGAGGCGCUGGAGGCGCUGGAGGCGCUGGAAGGUGGAAGAGAUGACCUAGAGGCCCAGAUCACCAGGUUCCGUAUUCUCGUGGAGAAGUUGGAGUACGCCACGACGUAG